GCAAGGGGAGGGAGGGAGGGGGAGAGAGAGAGAGAGAGAGAGAGAGAGAGACGACGGCAGGAUGGCGAUGAGGGGGUGGAGAGAGGAGGUCGUGGCGCUGUCGCUGCGCGGGUACGGCUACGGCGACGAGGAGGAGGACGACCGGCCGGAGAAGCCGCGGCGGUACGGGGUGACGGAGAUGCGGAGCCCCUUCUACUCCUUCCGCCCCGCCCAACACGCGCUCCAGGAAAUACUAGAUUCUCUUGGUCCUUUCGUUGAUGGUUUGAAGUUCUCUGGUGGAUGCCAUAGUUUGAUGGGGAAGGAAUUGGUUAGAGAGAUCACUGAUUUAGCACAUAAGCAUGACAUAUAUGUGAGCACAGGUGAUUGGGCAGAGCAUCUUUUGCGUCAGGGACCCUCUUCUUUCAAGCAAUAUGUAGAGGAAUGCAAGGUCUUAGGAUUUGACACAGUUGAGCUGAAUGCUGGAUCUCUCAAGCUCCCUGAAGAAGCUCUUCUGAGAUUAGUCCGCCUCAUCAAGAGUAGCGGUUUGAGGGCGAAGCCACUGUUUUCAGUGAAUUUUGACAGUUCUGAUAUUCCAGCAUCUGGUGAUAGGGCGUUUGGGGCGUACAUAGCUCCAGUCAAGGAGCAGAGCUCAGAAAGAGUUGAAGAUGUUGACCUGCUGAUCAGGAGGGCAGAGAGAUGCUUGGAAGCAGGCGCGGAUAUGAUCAUGAUCGACGCUGAUGAUGUUUGCCGGCGCGCCGACUCUCUGCGAACAGACAUCAUUGCAAAGAUUGUAGGCCGGCUUGGGCUCGAGAAAACCAUGUUCGAAGCUUCCAAUCCCAACACCUCCGAGUGGUUCGUCAAAAGAUACGGCCCAAGGGUGAAUCUCUUCGUCGACCACUCUAACGUGAUGAAUCUGGAGCGUCUCCGGGGCUUCAACAUGAGCAGAAGCAGCCCGUCCUCCCGUUCCCUCGCCUCGCCGUUCUUCCUGAUGCAACGACCUUUUUCUGAAUCCUCAGCUGAGAGGGUUUCCAGUGUCCAUGAAGUUCUAGCUUUGCGCCUUUAGUCGUGAAGCAUGUUAUGGCCUCGGCGAGCAAUGUGCUAGAUUCUGUUGUGUUGCUAAUAACAACUUUGUCGUAAUAAUUGGUUCUGUGUAAGUACUGUAUGGAUGUUCGUGUUCAUUGCCGCCGCUGCGCUAGAUCUGUUUGACUCGCCUUGUUGGUGCAGCUGUACGGGUGCGAAACACGUGAGCUUUUUGGA